AUGGUCUUUGCUGACGACGAAGCUACCCAGCUUCUACAUCCGCACCAUGAUGCUUUGGUGCUCACGCUUCAGGUUGCCACUAUUAAUUUGAAGCGAAUAUUGAUUGAUAAUGGGAGUUCAGCCAAUGUAUUAUUUCUGGCUACAUACAAAGGGAUGGGUCUAGAUGAGACUUUGAUCCUGCGAAAAUCAACAACGCUUAUUGGUUUUAAUGGCGAGGUGAGCCAUUCAUUGGGUGAAGUUACAUUGCCCAUCUAUGCCCCAGGAUUGAAUAAGCAUACUAGGUUUUCAAUUGUGGAUUCGUCAUCUGCUUACAAUGCUAUUCUGGGACGCCCUUGGUUGCAUGCUAUAAGGGUCAUGCCCUCCACUUAUCACCAGGUCCUAAUAUACUUUACCAAUGGUAGCAUUAGAGAAAUCAAGGGUGAUCAACACUCUUCCAGGAGUUGCUAUAAACCACCAUGA